CUCUUUGGCAACAAUCAUCUGGCAACACUGUUUAUGAGUGUCGUGUUGUGAGCUGGAAGUUUUAAUUUCAUAAUUUUAAAAAAUUAGAUUAUAAUGCGAUGCUACCUCGGAGGCGAAUUAUUGGAGGUGUGACUGAAAGGCCUUUAGAAAGUGAAUUGAACUCUUACAGUAAGCUAGACAAAAAAGGGCUUUCGCAUACGGAACCAAAAUUUUACCAAAUUGCACCAACAUCGACAACUACUACUCAGUACUUUCAAUUAGAAGGUCAAGAAGACGACAUCGUAUUUAAAAUUCUUGAGGAUUUUGUAUUUGAACCCGUCAUGGCUGCAAGAGACAGGACUAAUGAGUUUAUAUCGACUGUGCGAAGUCUUCAAGGUCGAACGCUUGCUAGACCCACUGUCAGAGAUGAACGAAAAGCAGUGAUACUUGAAACAUAUUCUCAGUUCAUGAGUAGUGCAAAAGUUAUCAGCAAAAAUAUCACCAGCACAUAUGCAAAAUUAGAAAAGUUAGCCUUGUUGGCAAAAAAGAAAUCUUUAUUUGAUGACCGACCUACAGAAAUACAAGAAUUGACAUAUAUAAUUAAAGGUGAUCUCAAUUCUCUAAACCAACAAAUUGCCAGGUUGGGUGAGAUGCCUAGAGGGCGCCGAAGUAUGCACAGUCAUUCCUCUAGUGUGGUGCUUGCUUUACAGUCAAGACUUGCCUCUAUGAGCAAUCAAUUCAAACAGGUACUGGAAGUAAGAUCCGAAAAUUUGAAACAUCAAAAUAACAGACGUGAACAAUUCUCUAGAGUGACUCCUGUAAUUAAGGAGAUGCCUAGUUUGUUACAAGAUGAAGUGAGCAUAGAUAUGGGUGAAACAUCUAGCUUGCAAGCCCAACAAGUAGCACUAAGAGAUGAUAGUGAUUUGUAUGUGCAGCAGAGAGCAGAAACAAUGCACAACAUUGAGAGUACCAUUGUGGAGUUAGGAGGUAUAUUCCAACAGCUGGCACACAUGGUAAAAGAACAAGAUGAAGCUAUUGGCAGGAUUGAUGCUAAUAUACAAGAAGCUGAAAUGAAUGUUGAGGCAGGUCACAGAGAAAUAAUGAAAUAUUUCCAGAAUGUGACUGGGAACAGAGCUCUUAUGUUUAAAGUGUUUGGGGUCUUGAUAUUCUUUUUUAUUUUUUUUGUUGUUGUUAUGGCUUGAAAAUAUUUAAUUAUUAUAUGAUUAUAUGAUGAAGUAGUCA